CUGUCUGCAACAGCAAUGCAUCUCUUUCCCUUCACUACCAUAAUCAUCUUCACCGUUUUGAUUCACAACUUCUCUCUGAUUCUGGGGCAGCAACCUUAUAUUGGUUUAGGAACAGUAGCAUGCCCUCGAAGAGGUAACAGAAACUCUAUUCGUGGAUACACUUGUAAUGGUGCAAACAGCUGCCAAGCAUUCCUUACCUUCAGAUCUCAACCCAUUUACGACUCUGUCUCCACAAUAUCUACUUUAUUGGGUUCUGACCCCUCCCAACUUGCUAAAAUAAAUUCCGUUUCCCUGAAUGACACCUUCGAAACAAACAAGUUGGUGCUUGUUCCGGUCAACUGUUCCUGUGCAGGUGAGUAUUAUCAAACAAACACAUCCUAUGUGUUCCAGAAUGCAGAAACUUACUUCUUGAUUGCUAACAACACUUUCGAGGGCCUCACAACAUGUCAAGCUUUGCAGAAUCAAAACCACAACCCAGCAAACAUAUACCCCGGCAGAAAACUUCUAGUGCCUCUCAGAUGUGCUUGCCCCACAAAAAACCAAACCCAGAAAGGCAUCAGGUACCUCUUAAGCUACUUGGUGAAUUGGGGUGAUUCUGUUUCCCUCAUUGCUGACAAAUUUGGUGUUGGCUCUGUGACCGCUCUUGAGGCUAAUAACCUCACUUUGACACAAUCCGUGAUCUAUCCCUUUACUACACUUCUAAUUCCCCUUCAUGAUAAGCCCUCAAGUUCUCAAACCGUUUCUCCAGCUCAACUUACGCCACCACCCUCAUCACCCCCCUCUUCUCAUCAAAAGAAAACAUGGGUGUAUGUUGUUGUUGGAGUUGUUGCAGGAGCUGUUGCCUUAACAUCAGCUCUCUGUGCUGUCAUUUUCUUCACACGCAGGAGAAAAAAUAGAAACGAAGAUGAGUCGGUGGUAGUGUCAAAGAGUUUUGAGGCAACUAAGAAAAAUCCACCAAUGAGUGUAAAUGAAAAAUUGUCAGAGAUCAUAUCUGGCAUAGCUCAAUCGUUCAAGGUUUAUGAUUUUGAGGACCUAAAGCGAGCAACAGAUAACUUUAGUCCUAGCUACUGGAUCAAAGGGUCUGUUUAUCGCGGAGUGAUUAAUGGUGAUUUGGCUGCAAUUAAAAAGAUAGAAGGUGAUGUGACAAAGGAGUUGGAGAUACUGAGCAAAAUCAACCAUUCUAAUGUUGUACGCCUUUCCGGUGUUAGCUUCCACGAGGGACGAUGGUACUUUGUUUAUGAGUAUGCUGCUAAUGGAGAUUUGAGUGAAUGGAUCUACUUCAACAACGCGGAUGGGAAGUUUCUGAGUUGGACGCAGAGAAUACAGAUUGCAUUGGAUGUGGCCACAGGACUUGAUUAUCUUCACAGUUUCAGUUCUCCUUAUAUCCACAAGGAUAUUAAGAGUACUAACAUUCUUCUGGAUGGUGACUUCAGAGGAAAGGUCGCAAAUUUAAGCCUUGUGAGGCGUGUGGAAGGAGGGGACGACCAGUUUCCUGCCACUAGGCACAUUGUUGGGACAAGAGGCUACAUGGCUCCCGAGUAUUUGGAACAUGGUCUUGUGUCUACAAAGCUUGUUGUGUAUGCUUUUGGGGUAGUGAUGCUGGAAAUGAUCACAGGAAAAGAGGCUGCUGCUAUUGUAACAGAAGACGAGACAAAUUUGUCACAUGUUUUGCGCGUCAUGCUUUGUGAGGAGAGGUUGAAGGAGUUUGUGGAUCCCUCUUUGAGAGAAAAUUUUCCAUUUGAACUUGGUAUGUUUGUGGUUGAGAUGAUUGAUAAUUGCAUAUCGAAUGAUCCAGCAAGUCGUCCUAGUGUGCCUGAGAUUGUGCAAUCUCUGUCAAGAACCCUGAAUUCUUCAUUGAGUUGGGAAAGGUCAAUGAAUGUCCCACGAAGCUAAAGUUUCGGUGAGCCUCUUGAUGUUACAGCAGUUGAAGCAGGAUGCUUCUAUCAGCCAACGAUUUUCUGUGUUUCCGUUAAUUUCUGUUGUUUUCUUCGUCGAUUAUGCUGUAGAAUAGUAGUCUUAGUGUGUUUGGAACUCUAGUUUUAUCUUCAAUAAUUCAGUUGUAAAAUUUGGAAUAACUUCAGCAAUAUAUGUAGUAUAUAAUUAAA